AUGUACAGCUUUUGGUACAUUAAACGCACUACGGGCAACAAAGCCGUUAGUGAGAGUUACGAGAAAAGUAUCAAGGGACUCGGCGAGUUCAAGACGGUCCAGGACUUUUGGAGGAUCUACAAUCAUUUGAUGAGGCCGAAUGACCUUCCAAAUACUAUGGACUAUCACCUUUUCAAGACGGGUAUUAAACCCAUGUGGGAGGACUCAGCUAAUCGACGAGGUGGCAAGUGGAUGGUACGUCUUCGCAAGGGCAUUGCAUCGCGCUACUGGGAAGAUCUGGUUUUGGCAAUCAUUGGUGAGCAAUUUGACGUGGGAAACGAAAUCUGCGGCGCUGUCAUUUCGGUGCGAUACAAUGAGGAUAUUAUCUCGCUCUGGAACCGCAACGCUGACAACAAUGAAGCGUGCUAUCGCAUUCGUGAUACGAUGCGGAAAGUGCUAAACCUGCCACAGUUUGUGGCAUUGGAGUACAAACGCCAUGACAUGUCGCUGAACGACAACUCUAGCUUUCGUAACACGACGCUGUGGCGGUCCGACAAGAACGAUGGCAGCAACCGUGAAGGGUCUUCGGGUGGGGAGCGCACGUCCACAGGCUCUCGCUUCCCCCGUGACAAAUCCUCUAGCUACCAACGAUCUGCCUGGAAUCGUGAAAGUAAGCGCUCCUUUCUCAAGUCGGACAGCAAUGAUGGUGGCCACCAUCGUAACAGUCGGUCGAACGACGACAAAGCUGAAGUUGAGCAGUAG